UUAGAAUGGAUGCAGCAGAAAAGAAAGUCCAAACGUUUGUGCGAGUCAAGCCAACAGCCAAUUUUGCUCAAGAUGUGAUCAAGCUUGGGCCAGACAAGAAGAGCAUAGAUAUAUACAUCCAACGAGAUGCCAAGAAAGGAGUUGUGAAUAACAGGCAGACUGACUGGUCCUUUAAACUGGACGGCGUCCUCCACAAUACCUCCCAGGAACUGGCGUAUGAGACUCUGGCAAAGAAAUUAGUGUCUGAAGCUUUAAUUGGCUAUAAUGGCACGAUAAUGUGCUACGGGCAAACGGGGGCCGGUAAGACGUACACGAUGACGGGAGCAACUGCUGAGUACCAGCAUCGAGGAAUCAUACCCCGAGCUAUACAGCAGGUCUUCAAAGCAACUGCACGUUCCGUUGAUUCCUUCGUCACCGUCCGAAUAUCCUACCUGGAAAUCUACAACGAGACCUUGUUUGACCUUCUGGCCACCACGACAAGCCACGGGACCAGCGACGUGCCGAUGGCCGUAGUGGAUCGCCCACAGGGUGUUUGUGUGAAGGGCUUAUCUGUACAUCCAGUCAGCCAUGAGGAAGAUGCUCUGAGUCUCUUUUUUGAGGGUGAGACCAACAGAGUGAUAACAGAGCACACGCUGAAUAAAAAUUCAUCCAGAUCCCAUUGCAUCUUUACUAUUUAUAUUGAGUCUCGUUCCAGAGUUUUCUCAGACGUCAAAUGUGUUAACUCUAAAAUCAACUUAAUAGAUCUGGCAGGCUCGGAGAGACUGAGCAAGACUGGGUCUGAAGGGCAGGUUCUGAAGGAAGCCACGUACAUCAACAAGUCUCUGUCGUUCCUUGAGCAAAUCAUCAUUGCCCUGGCUGAUCCCAAGAGGGACCACGUCCCCUUCCGGCAGAGCAAGCUCACUCACCUUCUCAAGGACUCGCUAGGGGGAAACUGCAAUACUGUCCUAGUGGCAAAUAUCUGUGGAGAAGCGGCGCAUGUGGAAGAGACUUUGUCUUCUCUCCGUUUUGCUACCAGAAUGAAAUGCAUCACAACAGAGCCGGUCAUCAACGAGACACACGACCGAGAGGGGACAGUGAAGGCUUUGGAGAAGGAGAUUAUUCUUCUGAAGCAGGAACUGGCCAUGCACAACAGCUUG